AUGGAACCGGCGCAGGAGCCCUGCCCGGAACGGCGGGGUCAGUGGGUGAUGGUCCCCACAGGCCAGGAAGGUGGAGACAAGCCCCUGGCUGCUGGGCCAAAAAAGGAACUGCGGCAGAGUUCAGCCCCCUGCGCUCAGGAUGCCCCAAGUGAGGAACUGCCCCCCUCCUGCAUCGUCCCCGGGGAGAAGCCACCAUCAGACCCCCCUGGAGAACCAUCUGGGACAGAUAUCAGGAGAGGGGGCCAGCCAUCUGGUUCGGGGACUCUCCACAAAGACACGCCUCUGGCCCCACCGGGACCCCAGCUUCCUGGGGAAGGCUGUUCCUUCCCAGUGAAAGAGGCAAAGCCAGGGAAGAGGUCCUACUCUCCAGCCUCCAGUAAGCAGAAAAUACCCAGUGCCGCGGGUCUGGCCUCCACACCAUCUCCUGGUGUCACCCACUCAGCCCGUGCUGCACACAACCCAGUGCCUUGUGGGUCAGGCCGGGGGCCUUGCCAUCUGGCUAACCUCCUCAGCACAUUGGCUCAGAACAGCCAAAACACAGAUCAGAAGAGGUCCCUGGAAGUGACCUGCCAAGUUCGGAAAAAGACCCGGACCCUAUACCGCUCAGACCAGCUGGAGGAGCUAGAAAGGAUCUUCCAAGAAGACCACUACCCAGACAGUGAUAAGCGCCGGGAGAUUGCCCAGACUGUGGGGGUUACCCCCCAACGCAUCAUGGUGUGGUUCCAGAAUCGCAGGGCAAAGUGGCGGAAAGUGGAGAAGCUGAAUGGCAAGGAGGACAAGGACAGCCCUGCAGACCCCGCCCCUACCGGGGCCAGCGGUCAGUGCAGCUCUGCAACUGAGCUGCCAGCCGCUGUGCCCAUGGACCCAGAGCCUGGUACCUUCCCUCAGGAACCCCCUGUGGAUUCUCUUGCAGAGCCUCCCAUGCUGCUGGCCUCUGAGCACACUCUGGCCCCAACCCAACAGAGUGAGAGUACUCAGAGGGUAGCAGUGACCCCACCGCUCUUCAGCCCUCCGCCAGUUCGAAGAGUCAACCUUCCUUUUCCCCUCGGCCCUGUCCCCACCCCCCAAAUGAUGCCUCUGCUGCUGGAUACCCCAGGCAGUGACAGCGGCCACAAAGAUGGCUCCUGGGGGACAAGUGUCACCCCACCAUCCACCUGCUCAUACUUGGAGGAGCUGGAGCCCCAGGAUUACCAACAGAGCGCCCAGCCGGGACCGUUCCUGUUCUCCCAGGCUCCACAGAGCCAGCUCUACCAACAGCCUCAGCCCCAGUUCUCCUACCUGCACCCCUUCCCCUUCCCCAUGCCCCACCCCCUGCAGCCUCUGCUGCCGGAUGACCCCCUCUUCACCUCGCCCUAUGGCCCCAGUGCGGGGACAUCACAGGGCUACUUCCCAGGGCCACCGCCUCCGUCAGGGCAGACGGUGCUUCAGCCACCUGCUGGGAAUGCAGGUACAGCCCCCUGGAAUGACCCUUGCUUUCCAGAACUGCCUUUCCCUGGUCCCUUCUGUCCGCAGGCCCUGGGGCAGCCCCCCGGAGGGGACAGCUACUUCCCUGAUCUGCUCCCAGCCCCCUAUGCUCCGGCCCUGAGCAGGCAGCCUUCCCCAGGUGUCACCCGGCUGCCCGAAGGGGCCAGGCCCGAAACGGGACCCUUCCUCGGCAGGGCCCCCGAGGAGCAGCCUGCCCCCUGUGUGGAGGGGCCCCCCGCAGCCGAGGAGCUCCGAGCGGAAGAGAAGGACAGCUGUGGCCCCUAA